CAUAGCAUUUUCGCACAUCGCAACAGGUUCGAUAUCCUCGGUUCAAACAAGAAUUCCUCUAAUCAUCCGAUAUUUAUGUUGUUAGACCCCUUCAAAUCUUUCAGCGGAUUCUCCUCAAACCCAAGCAUCUCGAAGAGCAGUGUUUGCUUUCAUCACUGCAUUGAAGCAUGGCAGCCCUCAGUGAGGACUUACUUAUCACCGUCAACAAGCUACAGGAUCUUGUCUUCAACACCAUUGGAAAUGACUCCCUUGAUCUACCCCAGAUUGUCGUUGUCGGUUCUCAAUCUUCCGGAAAGUCAUCUGUUCUUGAAAACAUCGUUGGCAGAGAUUUUCUGCCGAGAGGAAGCGGUAUAGUGACAAGAAGACCCUUGAUUCUUCAACUCAUAAAUAUACCUAGCGAACGGCACGAUAGACCUGAAGGUGACGAAGUUCACAUACCUCACACUGCUGCAAGCGUUGCGGGACAAAAUGAGUGGGCAGAAUUCCACCAUCUUCCCGGCCGCAAAUUCGAUGACUUUGCUCUCGUGAAGCAGGAAAUCGAAGCCGAGACAGCAAGGAUAGCCGGGAGCAACAAGGGCAUAAAUAGACAGCCCAUAAAUCUCAAGAUUUUCUCACCACAUGUCCUCAAUCUCACCAUGGUUGACUUGCCGGGAUUGACGAAGGUACCAAUUGGAGAUCAACCGUCGGAUAUUGAAAAGCAAACACGGGCAUUGAUUCUGGAAUACAUAGCCAAGCCUAACAGCAUCAUUCUGGCAGUAUCCCCUGCCAAUGUCGACCUUGUGAACUCUGAAGCCUUAAAGCUUGCGCGACAGGUUGAUCCCAUGGGUCGAAGGACGAUCGGUGUCUUGACGAAGCUGGACCUCAUGGAUCAUGGCACUAAUGCCAUGGACAUCCUCUCUGGCCGCGUCUAUCCACUGAAACUGGGCUUUAUCGGCGUCGUCAAUCGCUCUCAACAAGAUAUUCAAUCUGGGAAAUCAUUGUCUGACGCACUGCAGGCUGAGCUGGACUUUUUCAGACACCAUCCUGCUUAUCGCAACAUGGCAAACCGAUGCGGCACUCAAUUCUUAGCAAAGACCUUGAACACGACUCUUAUGUCCCACAUCCGCGAUCGGCUUCCUGAUAUCAAAGCACGCCUUAACACUCUCAUGGGACAAACACAACAAGAGCUUGCAAGCUAUGGCAACAAGCAGUUCAGCGGCAAGGAACAUCGCGGCUCGUUGAUAUUGCAAUUGAUGACGCGCUUUGCAUCGUCGUUCAUAUCUUCGAUCGACGGAACCUCCUCCGAGAUCUCUACCAAGGAACUCUGCGGUGGCGCUAGAAUAUACUAUAUAUUCAACUCUGUUUUCGGCAAUUCCCUUGAAACGAUAGAUCCCACUCAUAACCUGACUGUCUCUGAUAUCAGGACGGCCAUCCGAAAUUCAACUGGCCCUCGCCCGAGUCUAUUUGUCCCGGAACUUGCCUUCGAUUUGCUUGUAAAACCUCAGAUCAAGAUGCUGGAAGCUCCUAGUCAGAGGUGCGUCGAACUCGUUUAUGAAGAGCUUAUCAAGAUUUGCCAUACAUGUGGUUCACAGGAGCUGCUGCGUUUUCCGCGUUUGCAAGCAAAAUUGAUUGAAGUUGUAUCCGAUCUGCUUCGUGAACGUUUGGGCCCUUGCUCAGGAUACGUGGAGUCCCUUAUAUCAAUCCAACGAGCCUACAUAAACACCAAUCAUCCCAACUUCCUUGGUGCAGCGGCAGCAAUGUCAUCCGUCAUUCAAAACAAACAAGAGCAGGAAAGGAAAGCAGCUCUGGCCGAGGAUAGAAGAAAAAGGGAAAAGCGCCGGCUCAAGGAACUUGGGGGGCUGAAUGGCAACAACGCUGCUUCGUUGGAAGAUGACGAAGAUCCGCAAUCCGAAAUCAAACCACCGAACGUCUCUAGCAGAAGCCAAUCCGUGCGGGGUGCUAGAAGCAUGUCUCCUCACCUCGGCAAAGCCCAAGACGGUGGCAUCUCAGCUACACUGAAUGGAACGCAUUCGAACGCCUCGGCCACGUUUGGAGCAACGAACACUACCCGUGAUUCAUUCUUAAAUUACUUUUUUGGCAAGGACGGCGUGCACCCAGUCACCUCCCUACCGCAGGUAUCAAACACAAAUAGACAGAUUCCAAGCCCCCAUGAGGCCAGUGUCAGCCAUGGUUUGCGGCGGGCAGAUCUGCGGUCUCCGAUCAUGCCGCCCGACGAUCAUAUUACCACUGUGGAACAAUUCAGUGACGUCGGUAUUUCUCCAAAGGAUGAUUCCGAUUCCUCUUUGUCUGAACGUGAGAUUCUGGAAACAGAAUUGAUCCGCCGAUUGAUCUCUUCAUACUUUAACAUUGUCAGGGAAACGAUCGCGGACCAGGUGCCCAAGGCCAUCAUGCAUCUGCUGGUCAAUCACAGCAAAGAUGUUGUGCAGAAUAGGCUUGUUAGCGAGCUCUAUAAGGAAGAUCUGUUUGGGGAACUUCUAUACGAGGAUGAUGGAAUCAAAGCGGAGAGAGAAAAGUGUGAAAAACUUCUCGAUACAUACAAGGAGGCAGCGAAAAUUGUGGGUGAGGUCUUGUAGAACAUUUGAUCCAGCAAGGUCAGCCGCAGGCCAUUCAGAAGCAUUUGACGACAUUUCUUUUACGGUAUUCACUAUCUGAAAUCGCUAGCCAUUCUCUAGGAGAAAACAAUACCGUGGCACUGUUGUAUUGUAUACUAAGAAUGUUUUGCACUCACAAAGUCUAGUCAAGUCAGCCCUAACAGAAUAGACUCCUUAAUACUAUCAAAUUCAUU